GACUUCACAACCUGGAAGAAAGUUUCCCGAGACUCAGGUAGAGGUACAAACAUGCCAUAGUACAACCUGAACAACGAAAACCAGAGCCAAUAACACAGAAGAUAUGCCUCCUCGUCGGAAAUCAACAGACCAACACGAAUUAGUCGAACGUCCUUCUCGGAAGCGGCCACUCCCUGCCGACCCCUACGAAGUUCCAGAUGAGGAUGAUGCAAUUCCCUCCGCAAAGCGUCAACGGCGACAAUCACAGGAUGGAGGCACACCUUCGAAACGAAACGCUACCCCACGGAAACAUGUCGAUUUCCUCCAGCGCGACCUAGUCCCCGUGCCAGAAGAGCCCGAGUCACCCACCGAGCAGACACCUAGCAAGAAAAGGAUAGGGCGACCACCGAAGGCCGCAACAGGAGGAACACCAAGUGGCAAGCCGAGCACGCCAUCUGCCCUGCGAAAGAAACAGGUCGACGAGACACCGGUCAAACUUCGAGGACUUAAUGGCGUCGACACACCCAGCAGGCGAGGAAUCGCCGACCGAUCGGCUAGGCGGAAGAGUGCCAGGGCUCUAAUCGAUCGGGUGCUGGAGGGCGCUGUGAGCGACGACGAGGACGAGGAGCAACAAAUCGCACGAGAGAUCUACGAGUCGAGCGAUGAAGAAGAAGACGAAAACGCCCAACAAGAAAACCUCGCCGACCAAGAGGCCGAGUUAGCAGCAACCACUCCAUCCAAAACAGGGAGGGGGAGAGGACGAGGAGGCAGAACCCCUGGCUCAACAACACGACGAAAGAAAUCACCCACACCACCACGAGACCUUCCCCCCCACGAGCAGUACUUCUACCAGAACAAGCCCGGAUCGAACAAGACCUCCAACAACACGCUCUCCUCCCUCGACCUUCUCACACACGAAGAGUACUUCUCCCUCCUCCGCGAAGACGCCCAGAAAGACCCGCACGAAGAACAGAUCCAAGCCCUCCAGUCGCACCACGCCGCCUCCUUCCCCCAAUGGGCCUUUGAGCUCUCCCAAGGCUUCAGCGUCUGCCUCUACGGCUACGGAUCCAAGCGUCGACUCCUCCACCAAUUCGCCGAGUACCUCUUCUCCUCCUCCUCCUCUUCUUCAGAAACCAACACAAAAAACAAUAAAAUAAUCAUGAUAAACGGCCACAUCCGCACCCUCACCAUCCGCGAGAUCCUCACCACCAUCUCGGCCGCCAUCGACCCCACCUUCCGCCUACCCUCGGGUAACCCGCUCGCCAUGAUCCAGAACCUCUUCACCCUCUUGUCAUCAUCAGCCCCAAAAACAAAAAUAACCCUCCUCCUAACCUCCCUCGACUCCCCCCUCUGUCCCACCCUUCGCAAACCCCAAACACAAUCCCUCCUCGCCCACUUAUCUUCUCACCCAUCCAUCUCUCUCGCCUGCACCGUCGACACCCCCGACUUCCGUCUGCUCUGGGACUCCAGCUUACGCUCCUCGUUCAACUUUGCAUUUCACGAUUGCACCACGUUUGCUCCCCACAGCAAAGAACUGGACGUCGUGGACGAGGUGCACGAACUCCUCGGCCGAAUGGGCAAGAGAGCGGGAGGCAAAGAGGGAGUGGCGUUUGUGUUGCGGAGUUUACCCGAGAACGCGAGGAAGUUGUUUGGGUUGAUUGUGGGGGAGGUUUUGGUUGCUUUUGAGGAUGGGCAGAGUGGUGGUGGAGGGGAGUUUGUUGGUGGGGGUGGAGGAGAAGGGCCGGGGGUAGAGUAUAGGAUGCUUUAUAACAAGGCCGUGGAGGAGUUUAUUUGCAGUUCGGAGAUGGCAUUUAGGACGCUGCUAAAGGAAUUCCACGAUCAUCAAAUCAUUACGAGUCAUAAGGACUCGAUAGGGACGGAAUAUUUGAGCUUACCUUUUAGGAAAGAGGAGCUUGAGUCCAUCCUGGAGGAGUUGAUGUCGUAGUCAUUGUUCACGACCAUAUGUCAUGAUAACAUACAAGGUUUUGGAUCGAUACGAAGGGAACACACAUAAGACUAGACUUGAGUCCUUACACCGGGCAGGGCUAUCACCACAUGUGUUUGACUGGAAGCCUACACGUCAUAGGCUAAUAUAUCCAAAGUCAUGGAAUGCUCACCACAUUAGAUAUCACUUACUGAUUAUGUCAAGUUCUCAUGAUACUCAAUUACCG